AUGGUAACCCUCUGCUGCCUAGGAGGGGUUACUGUUCCUGUUAAUCCAUUGGAGAAUCUAGGGUCCGAGGGUUCGCGUAAUACUUUUCAAAGUGGCAGAUUGGAUUUGGGUAAAUCUCCAUUAUCGUAUGCUGAUUCAGUUGGGGUAUCUACUAACAAGAAAGUUAACUUUCGAGCUCUUACGAGUCCGGCUGGGCCUGCAGGUUGUGAUGUGGUUUUACCUAAAGAAUCCGUUAGAACUGUUAAAGAUAAACUUGCCAACACUCUAUAUGGUUACUUUCUAGGUGAUCGUGUUGCAUACCCGGUGGUUGAAUUCUAUGUUCGGAAUAACUGGAAGAGGUUUGGCCUUCAAAAAACGAUGAUGAACGCUAAUGGUUUUUUCUUCUUUAAAUUUGCUGACGAGAGUGGUAUGAAGAAUGUUAUGAAGGAGGGUCCGUGGAUUAUUCGCUCACAACCUUUAUUUCUUAAUAUAUGGUCCCCGUCUUCGAAACUGGAAAAGAAAGAAGUCAAGAAUGUUCAAGUUUGGGUUAAGCUUCAUGAAGUUCCAAUUGCAGCAUAUACGGAGGACGGGUUAAGCAUGAUUGCGACGGCUGUUGGAACUCCAUUGGAACUAGAUAAGUAUACUACCUCUAUGUGCCUUGACUCUUGGGGGAGGAGCAGUUUUGCGAGAGCUUUAGUGGAGGUCUCGGCUGAGCAUGAUUUCAAAGAGGAAGUUGUUAUUGCUGUUCCGGAACUGGAAGGUGAAGGGUUUGUUAAGGAGAAAGUUUACGUUGAAUACGAAUGGUGUCCUCAUAGAUGUGCUUAUUGUAAAAUUUUUGGUCAUGAUGAUAAUACUUGUCCGAAACAGAUCAGACAGGUCACAAAAGCUCCUGGCAAAGUUCAACAAACUCAACAAGUGUCGAAGAAUAAAGAGGCUUCAAAGAAACCGAUGAUCGACAAGGAUGGGUUUAUGGAUGUUGAAUCUAAAAAAGCGGCCAAAAGAACAGGAUUCCCUAUGUCUAAACCGAAGCAAAAAUUUGAAUACCGUCCUAUCUCCUCUAAAGCUAGCGGAAGUAGUAGCAAAUCUGAUCCAAGGGCUAGCUCGUCUAAUCCUUUUGAUGUGUUUAAUGAUUCCAAGUUAGUUAAUGAGGCUGAACGGGUGGGAAAUAGAGAUGAUCCUUAUGGUUCGGAUGACGACGAAGUCGAGGAAAUUUAUAAUGAAACCGAUGAAUUUCUGGUUAGUGGGACUUUAAAACCUGAUAAUCCACAAGGGGCAAGCACUCCUUCUCUGAAUGUUAUCAAUGAAUCGCAUGUUGAUGUCAGCAAGCUUGGUCACAUUUGUAAAUCGAUUUUUCGCUCAUGGGAUUGGACGUCUAAUGGUGCUCGGUGUAAAAAAGGUACAAGGAUUAUUAUUGGGUGGAACCCAGCUGUUUUUGAUGUCAUGGUAUUAUCUCAGACGGAUCAGGUUAUUCACCUACAACUUUUGUUCAAGCUGGAUAAGAAAAUGAUCUUUUGCUCGAUUGUUUAUGCCGCUAAUUAUCAUGUUACUCGAAGGGAAUUAUGGCAUCAUUUGGCUUUACAUAAAGUGUUUGUCGGGAAUAAUCCCUGGGUUGUUUUGGGUGAUUUCAAUUCUGCUUUAAAUCUAGAAGAUAAGUCGAUGGGCUCCUCGACCGUGUCUGCUAGUAUGAAAGAGUUUCAAGAUUGUGUAGAUAAGAUUGAGAUGUUCGAUAUCAAAAGGUCAGGUUUGCAUUAUACUUGGAAUCAAAAGCCUAAGAAAGGGAUUGGGUUGCUUAAGAAGAUUGAUAGAGUGCUGGGGAACACGCAAUUUGUCACCCAAUGCCCGAGUGCAGUUGCUAUUUUUCAGCCGUAUCGGCUUUCAGAUCAUUGUCCUUGUGUCCUAUCUAUUCCUGAUGCUGGUAUCCUGAAGCCGCGGUCUUUUAAAUUUGCUAACUUUUUGGUUUACAAACCAGAAUUUAUGGAGAUUGUGAAGAGGGUUUGGGAGACGAGAAUCCAAGGUGUUCAUCAGUUUUGUGUUGCUAAAAGGCUUCGACUUCUAAAGACUCCUCUCAGGGCGCUUUUAUUUAAGCAGGGUAAUUUACAUAAAAAAGUGGAAAGCCUUCGUGAUAAGCUAGAUAAUCUGCAGAAACUAAUUGACAAGGAGCCGAAUGAUGAAAGUUUACGGACUCAAGAGGCUACUAUUACUAGUGAACUUCAAGAAGCUAUGUUGGAUGAGGAACGCUUUCUGAAACAAAAAUCUAAAGUCGAUUGGUUGAGGGCUGGGGAUAAUAAUACGGCUUUCUUUCACUCUUCGGUUAAGUGUAAGAAUCACCAUAGCCGUAUUGAUGUUAUUAGAGAUUCGGGAGGUGUCGUUUUUGAAGGUGAUAAAGUUCAACAUGCCUUUGUGGAUCAUUAUGAGAAGUUUUUGGGCUGCAAUGGAGAUACGUCGACCAGUCCGGCUCCGGACCUUUUUACGCAAAUAUUGGAUCCUCAGAUUGCUACUCAUAUGAUCAGACAAGUGACUGAAGAUGAAGUCAAAAAGGCUAUGUUCUCUAUUGGUAUUAAUAAAGCGCCAGGUCCGGAUGGUUUCACAGCGGCGUUUUUCAAGAGUGCUUGGCCUAUUGUCGGGAAUGAUGUUUCUAAGGCUAUUAUUGAUUUUUUUGACACCGGUCAUUUGCUCAAAGAGUUGAAUCAUACCCUUAUUGUGCUUGUGCCUAAGGUUCCUUCACCAUCCGUUGUUACGGAUUAUAGGCCGAUUGCUUGUUGUAAUGUCAUUUACAAGUGCAUAAGCAAGAUCAUUGCGGAUAGACUGAAGGGGGUUCUAGCUAAUAUUGUUAGUAUAAACCAGUCCGCUUUUGUUCCUGGCAGGAAGAUUUCUGAUAACAUCUUGUUAACCCAAGAGCUGAUGCACAAUUACCAUAGGAAUGUCGGCCCUCCAAGAUGUGCUUUUAAAAUUGAUAUCCAAAAGGCCUAUGAUACGGUUGAUUGGAAAUUUCUCAAAAAUAUCCUCCUUGGUUUUGGGUUCAAUGAUUUGAUGGUGAACUGGAUCAUGGUAUGUGUCUCUACUACAUCGUAUUCUGUGUGUAUCAAUGGUAAUGUGCAUGGGUAUUUCAAAGGUAAUCGUGGGCUUCGUCAGGGUGAUCCUCUCUCCCCGUAUUUGUUUACUCUUGUUAUGGAAGUUUUAACGGCCAUUUUGCAUCAUUCGUUAAGGAUUGAUUCAUCCUUCAAGUUCCAUAAUAAAUGUGAAAAGCACCAAAUUAUCAACCUCUGUUUUGCAGACGAUCUGUUUCUCUUUGCUAGAGGGGAGAUUGCUUCGGCUAGGUACCUUAUGAACUCUAUUUCUAAAUUUGCGAAGAUGUCGGGUCUCCUCCCUAAUAAUCAGAAAAGCACUGUCUUCUUUUGUAAUGUUCCAAGUUAUAUUAAAAGUGCUAUUCUGAGUAUCAUGCCUUUUAAGGAGGGUUCUUUGCCUGUGCGGUAUCUUGGUGUCCCGCUUAUCUCGUCGGGGUUGUUAUAUAGAGACUGUAAUGUCCUGUUGGAGAAAUUAGACAAAAGAAUCAUGCAUUGGAGAAAUAAGCUUCUCUCUUUCGCAGGUAGAGUGCAGCUAAUUGUUUCUGUGUUAUCGUCUAUGCAUAUUUUCUGGUCUUCUGUGUUUAUGCUUCUGAGUAGAGUUGUUCUUGAGUUGGAGGCAAAGAUGAGAAAUUUUUUGUGGUCGCAAGAUAUGGUAUUCCAGAAAGGCAAAGCUAAAGUUUCUUGGAAAGCAGUUUGCCUUCCUAAAUAUGAAGGGGGGUUGGGUAUUCGGCGUAUCGGUGAUGUAAACAAAGCCCUUAUGGCUAAUCACAUUUGCAGUAUUCUUACGAGGAGGAAGUCUUUGUGGGUGGAUUGGGUUCAUGUUUACAGGUUAAAAGGUAAGAGCUUUUGGAUUGCCAAAAUGCCCUCUUCAUGUAGCUACUCGUGGCGUAAGAUUCUUAAUCUUCGUCCGGUUUUGAGGGAUUUCUUUUGGAUUGAUAUUGGCAAUGGGGCCUUGGCUUCGGCUUGGUACGACCGUUGGAGUGACAUUGGGCCGCUUGGGGAAUUUAUAUCGCCAAGAGUUAUUUCAAAUGCUGGGUUCCGGUUAGAGGAUUCGGUUUCUGACAUUCAGGCCAACGGUCAGUGGAAGUGGCCGGUUGCUUGGAGGGAUCUUUUUCCUGUUCUAAUUCAGCUAGAUCAUGUCAAUAUCCGGCCGAAUAAUCCUGAUAGAGUUAUGUGGCGUGAUGGUAAUAACACAAGUGUUUUCUCGUCUUCGGAGGCUUGGAAUUCGGUUCGUUUCAAAGGUACAGAAAUAGAUUGGUGCACUAUUGUCUGGUUUAACCAAUGUAUCCCGAGGCAUGCUUUUUUGAUGUGGCUGAUUAUGAGAGGUAAACUUCUCACGCAGGAUAAGAUUCUUAAGUGGGAUAUCUCUCGUAGAAAGACGAUGAAUAUGAUGUGUUGUCAGCUUUGCUAUGCUAAUCAUGACUCUCAUAGCCAUUUGUUCUUCGAAUGUGAAUUUUCCACGAAAGUUUGGUAUAUCGUGAGGCAAAAAGUGGGCAUGAGUACGGUUCAACCUAAGUGGGAGGAUAUCAUCAAUUGGCUUCGUGAUCGGUCCAAAUCAAAGUUAGCAUCUGAUUAUGUUGCGAAGUUGCUGGUGGCGGCAUGUGCUUAUGUUAUUUGGCAGGAGCGUAAUUUCAGGAUAUUCAAGAAUCGGAUGCGUCCUCCAGAGACUGUUAGUGAAAAUAUCAUUAGUUUGGUUAGAUACAAGCUAAUGGGUGCGAGAUUGAAGACAACGGAAAAUGUGCGAAGACUUUGGAGGGAGUGGGAGAUUCAUGACAACGACAUUAUAGAUGAUGGUGGCUGA